AUUUUAUUUACCACUGUGUACUCAUCAAAUUGUGAAUACUGUAAAAAUUUACUAAUUGUAGUAUUUUCGGAAUAAAGUACAAAUCAAAACAAUGGAAGAAAAGAGAGAAGAAAAAGAAAGAUCUUCAAAUUCCCCACCUGAACGAAAGGAGAUACCAGCCCCCAUCUUUGUAGAAGUGGAAGAAGCCCCUCUUGGACCGGGUAGAGAAUUGGAAAUUUCUGGACAUUUAGUAGUACAAGCCCCAUCUGAAAGAAAGGAGGUACCUGCCCCCAUCUUUGUAGAAGUGGAAGAAGCCCCUCUUGGACCGGGUAGAGAAGUGGAAAUUGCUGGACAUUUAGUAGUACAAGCUCAAGUACCUGAAUCAAAUGAAAGUGCUGUUGCUUUGCCAGGAGGUUCAGGCAAGAAAACCGAUACAUCUUCAUCUAGUUCUAAUGAAGAUCAUUAAUCUUGAUAGUGCACAAAUCUGGUUAAAAGGAGCAUGGCAUUGCAUUUUAUCCUAUGCACAUGCUGUAACAAACUUAAUAUAUUUUUCUCUUCAUUAAAA